AUGUCUCUCUACGUCCCCGACACCGCCAAAGUUGCUUUCGUCAGCGGCGCCAAUGGCAUCUCUGGACAUGCUAUCGUGGAGCAUUUGAUUCGCACUCCCAAGUCGGAAUGGCGCAAGAUCGUCAUCUCUUCUCGUCGGCAGUUGCCCAAUUACUGGAUCGAUCCGCGCAUCGAGUUCGUUGCGGUCGAUUUCCUGGCGCCGCGCGAAGAGGUGGAAAAUAAACUCAGGCCCGUCUGCACCGAUGUUACACACGCCUACUAUACGUCUUAUGUGCACGAUGACGACUUCAAGAAGCUCAAGGACAAUAACGUUCCCUUAUUCAAGAACUUCAUCGACAUCAUUGAUGAGGUUUGCCCAAAGCUCCAGCGUGUGUGCUUGCAAACAGGUGGAAAGCAUUAUGGAGCCCACCUUGGACCGACGAAGGUGCCAAUCGACGAAGAGAUCCCCCGCUACGAAGACGGAGGCGAGAACUUCUACUACAACCAAGAAGACCACAUGUUCUCAGUGCAAAAGCGGCGCAACCAGUGGUCGUACAACAUCAUCCGCCCCAACGGUAUCAUCGGCUUCACGCCGCACUCAAACGGCAUGUCCGAAGCCCUAACCAUCGCCCUCUACUUCCUCAUCUGCUGCGAGCUCGGCGAGAGCGGCAUGUUCCCCGGCAACCAAUUCUUCUACGAUUCCAUCGACGACAGCUCCUACGCGCCCAGCAUCGCGGAUCUCAGCGUCUGGGCGACGACGCAAGAGCACUGCCGAGACGAGGCAUUCAACCACUGCAACGGCGACGUCUUCGUGUGGCGCUUCUUCUGGCCGGAAAUCGCGCGGUACUUCGGGCUUGAGGUGCCUGAGCCGAAGUUCGAGAAGACGAAGGAGCGCGCGCAGACGAUGGCCAAUGAGUUUGAUAUGGCUAAGUGGGCGGAAGGCAAGCGUCCCGUAUGGGAGAAGAUUGUGCAGAAGUAUGGUGGUAAGGUCGAGGCGUUCGAUUGGGGCACUUGGAAUUUCUUCAAUUGGGCAAUGGGCAAGUCGUGGCUUACCAUUGGCUCUGUAGCCAAGGCGAGGAAGAUGGGCUGGUCCCGCAUGGAUAACACGUAUGACUGCUGGAUUGACACUUUUAGGUCGUUUGAGAACGCGGGUAUCUUGCCGCGUGCUAGCCUUGUCAGGGAGGAUGUAAAGACGGGUUAA